AUGGAAUAUGAGUGCGAUCCGAGCAAAGAAACGUCGACUGCUCUGCUAUCACAAAUAACCGCAGACCGUGACUAUUGCAGCAUUUUCUCCAGACAGCAAAUCUAUCUAUUGCUGACUUCCAUUGCAACGUCAGCUGCCACAACUUCAACUGAUUUAAUACCAAAACUGUCUAGGAUAGUGGGCAUGAAUCCAUCUGCAGUAAUUAACUCAAACAGGUCAUCAACAUCCUCAUCAGAAAGACCAGUGAUCCUGAAGAAGGAACAGCUUCCAUAUGUGUAUCCACUUGAAUCCUUUUUUGGGAUAACGGUGGAUGGUCUCCUCAGCAGUGAUGACUGCAAUUUCAGGGACUCUCUGGGUGAAGACAAUUAGCAUUCCUCUGAACUCGCUGGCAUUGUGGUGGAGGAAGUUUGUCAUUGGGUGAAUGUGAUGAUCAGCAUGCUGAAGAUCAACGCAGCCUCAUCACCAUGCUUUGUUUACUUCUGUCCGGAUGAUUCCUGCACUAAUAUUGGGGAAUUACUGAUCAGUGGGGUCAUCUGAAAGCUGAGUGUUUUGCAUUGCCACAUCUCCCAGGCAGUGGCCACAACAGUCAUCGGUACGGUCCUUGCGGAGACAGAGGGCAAACUUCUGUGCGCCCUCAGAACAAGCCAUACGGUGGAGGCCACUGGAUGUCAUUUGCGCAUGGUCAAAGUCCCACUGCAAUGUCCAGAAAAAUGGAAAAGUGGGCCUGUCCCAGUUCUGCGGCCGACUUUUGAGUCAUCUGAGGGUGGACUGUCACUCAUCUUGCUGGAGUCAGAUCAAUACUCAGACAAUGAUGGGCCAAAGACCACCACCAUAUCUGACUCACUGAUGACUGCUCUAUAUAUGUCGAAGUGCAAUGGUCACUUCAGCUGGCAGGACAACAGUUACGCAGCCUCAGAACAUCUGCAUCAAAAGCUCGCAGAUUUAAUGAACUGCACCCUGAGAUGCGAGAUGCCGCAGACAGAGCGCAUUUCAGAGGAGGUCAGAAUGACAGCUAAAGAUUUUCUCCAUUAUUUUGUGGAGGAACUCGUGCAGCGUCUUUUUGUGUCCUCCAAAUUCCCCCAUCCGACAAUUUCCUUCACCCUGAAAAUGAAGUAUUGUGCCUAA